UUUUAAACGUUUAUAAUUUUCACUCGGCAACUUUGUUGUUGUUCCCUGAACAGUUUGCAAUAAAUCUGAGUAUAAUUUGCACGUUGUGGUAUGGUGCGGGUGCAGCUGACUUUUUUUUGUUGUACGACUUUAAAAGGAUUUUGAGUGAGAUUUUUGGAGUUUUGAAAUCGAAAUUAAUCUAAUUAUCAUAAAUUGAUACUUUCUUAUGAUUAUAUAUUUUUUUAAUUUGCAUGUUACGUUUCAGUAAUUUUUAUUCUAUGGUUUUAGUAGGGCAACAUCCAGGGCCGUAACGCCAACUGUAGGUGCCAAAGGGGCGGCCACAGGGACCUGUACACACACCACCGCAGGGCCCGCAGAAAGGCGCCGGGUAUGACAAGCCAGCUACUUGACCGCAGCAUGGGACCCCACAACUGGAACACGGACAAGGGCCGGAUGUGUGGGCCGUGCGGUCCCAUCGCCCAUCGUCUCGAGUCUUGUGGAAAUUGCGUAGGGCCCUGCUGCGGACACGCCGCCGGUGUCAGGUGUUCUCCGGCUUGUGGGGAAUACGGAUUUUUACAUGGCCAACGUGGAGGUGUGGCCGGCUCGUACUUCAGCUGCGGCCACGGUUGCAUCGGAGGCUGCAUCGGUGGCGUCUGUGGUAGCUGCUGCGGACCAUCCUGUAGCUGAAGUUCUUGUUCUUACCAGUUAUGUGUUCCUAGUGCCGUUUGGAUAAAUAUAAAUGUUCUUUUCCAUUAAAA